AAGCUAGUCGAUGGUCUUGUCCGUAACUUCUAGUCGUAGUUGGCUCAUGGUACGUCCCCAACCAGAGGUUCUGAAUUGCCAGUGAUCCCGCCUACUUUUCCUUGCAAAGAUGAGGUGUGAUUUCCAUAUGUAUGGGCACCGCUGACGACACAUCUGCCGGGAAAAAAGAGACGUCAUCUUGUAAUUAGUUGUCGGUGAUGCUCAGCGUGCUCGCUCCGGUCGGCCUCCUGUCAGGCACCUCGCCGCCACACCGAGAUCGAUUGGACAACAUUAGGCAAGACCACGAUCACACCACUUUUAUAUACCCCCUCAAAGGUCGGUCUUUCUCAGUUCUUUGGUAGACGUCAGCUAUCAGACACCAGACAGAGGUAUAUAGAGUGGGGACGAGCGACUACGACGUCCAUUUAAUCGUCUUGCAGGCUGAACGGAAGAAGAGUCAUGAAGAUGCUGAACUUUCUCUGCAAUGACAUGCGGCCAAGGAAGAUCCUGGCAGUUCUAUUGGGUUUGGUACUGCUGGUGGUGGUUCUGAACUGCCAGGCGGCCGGCGGUGCCUCGACCAGGCGGCAGUGUCGCCCCAUCUCCCAGGCAGAGCUCAUCAGCAGGCUGGGUACGGCCUUCAACCGCAGGUACAUGGCCACGUCGUUGCCACAGGCCCAGAGAAUGAGCAGCGUCCCCAGCAGGUACGACAUGCCCGACACGUACGACGCGCCGACCAGAAUGGAUACCCUCCCCGGCUCCCCGAACCGCAACCGCACCAUGCUCUCCAGUGUGGUCACCGGCCGCAGACGAAGACCGAGCGUGGGAACGAUCGGCAAGGUCCGCCGGCACACGGAGAACGAGCCCUUCGCUGACACGCACCCUUUGCCGUGGGCCUGCAAGGAGCGAUCGGUAUGGCACGAUCUCGGGCCCAACCACUUUCCGAGAUACCUGCGGUCCGUAGAGUGCGAAGAACACAGUUGCUGGUACGGACACUACACCUGCAAGCCGCGCUCCUUCGUCGUCAAGAUCCUGGAACAGAAGAGAGUGACCGGAGACUGCGCUUUCGAGGACCAGUGGCACAUGAAGGAGCACCUGCUCACGUUCUGCUGCGAGUGUGCACGACCAUGACUCUUACGGAAAACAAAAUAACAUACCGAGCUUAUUGCUAAGCGUUAGAGUUUGUGAGUUUGGGAUGGGUCAGCAUUUUCUCAGUAGUUUCUUGCCAAAUCUGUGUGAUGUAGAUGAAAAAAAGAAGAAAUGCAUUGUUGUUUACAUUGAUUGCUGUGAUCAUUCCCGAUCUAAUGGUAAAAAAGGUCUCAGUACACAUUUUGUAGUCUCAUUCAAUCAUUUGGCUUCCCCGGGUGGAACCAGGCUGUGAUAUUCUUCACAAAACUAUGAAUGUUCUAACUUAACUCUAUCCUACAGAAAAACAAUGAUAGUUUUAUUCAACGGAAUAGAAGAUGACAAACUCAGCUUCCAUCAGCCUCCAUCAGGACUAUUUUGACCACUUUCCUGACGCGCAAUGAUAUUCGGAAUGUGUGACGUCAUGAGCGAGCCAAAGUUCCCUGAUGUCGAUACCUGCCGCCGAACUGUAGCUAGCUACAAAUAUUACUCUUUCACUUGUGACUGUGUGAACUAGACUAUAGCAGUCGUCCGUCAGCGUAUCCAAUGAGGUUACAGCUUGGUACUAAGUGAUUUAUCAGAAAUCUAAGUCUAAGUGAGAUGAUGUCCAUCAUGGUCCAUCAACCGACGUUGAUCCGGGACGGGGGUAGCUACAGGCAUCUACUUUGGGCGACCUUUGACACACUACUGAGAUCAAACGUCCCUAGAUCAGUGCGCGUCAGGAAACAGGUUGAUUUUUCGAGGAAGGACGAUUGCCAGCGUUCUUUUGCUUUGGAUAAAAGUAAAAAGUGAUGUAUGUAUCGUAUGAGGUUUCAUUCCAAUUAUGGUAGUGGUUAUACGGAAAGCAAAAUUUACUAACCUGAAAAACUAGCAAACUUUGGCAACAACUUCAGUGCACGUCUACUUAUUAGAUCACGAUACUAUAACAUGUAUACAGCAGGUUCACCGAAAGACCUCCAAAAAUACCGUGGAUUGUUUUGCUCACUUGAUAGGACCUUGCAUUGGAGCCUAUAGUCCUGUAACAGAUGUUGAUAUAACGAAAAGCUAAACUUUGUUUUAACACUUAACGGGGUGUAGGAAAUAAAAGACUCAUGAAAUGUUCAUGCACAUGUAUCGGCGUCUAUGUGUAAGAAACCCAACUUGUCGACAGGUGCGUAUUUGUGGUGCCAUUGUAACUUAGAGCAUAGCUGCUGGAGAGCACAAUUGGUAAGCUUCUGUAGCCAGAAUGGGAGCAUUUUGCUGUGAUACUAUUUUUGUAAGUCCGUGUGGAGUGAUGGCUUAAAGUGACUAAUGUAUACAUAAUCAGAAUAUAUAUAUAUGUAAGGUUAGUACCAUGCAGACUACGUACUUUUUGCUGUACCUGAAAAUAUUCAGCUUUAUGAUGAUAUCCUAUAAGAGGAAUGUGUGCCAAAGACAAAGCGUUUCGUCCCAGAUAAGUCCUGAUCGUAGACCGAUAGUUCAGGGUAGUUGCUUUACAAGCGGAGAGUAUGGCCUGAGAUGAUGGUGAUGGAAUCCACAUAUCAUGAUCAUGUGCUUUGUCUUAGUUGAUGGAUUGGGAUUAUGCGCUGUCACGGGCUUGUGGAGUAUGCGUGCGUGUAUGUGUAUGUAUCUCUUAUGGCGGCCUUGUACCCGCCAGGACACAUAAUGUGUGUGUCAAAGUCGGACACUGCCAAUGACAAAUCGGAGAUGUACAUGCCUGUGUACGACCAGACAUGUCUAACGAAAUGUGAUAGAAUCUUGCUCGAUGGCUACAAAUGCCGUCUGUUACUUUCGUGACUUUCUGGCUGACAUUGAUAGGAUAAUAUUGAUCAUCACAGUCCUUGUCGUCCUGACAGACUCUCUGUUCACCCCCGAUGGGCCCAUCUGUGAGCAACAGGACCAGAUAAACUUCUUCAGGGCAAUAUUGAUAAGGACAUGUCAAUAUAAAUGCUUUCAAUAUUUCAAAGGUAAUCUAAGCUAGACAUCUUGCCUAAAUGUGAACAAUGUCUUUAAAUAUACAUGUAUUUGCAUUUGUGUUAAGAAUUAUCGAGAUAUAGACCUCCCGACUGUCAAUCAAAAUAAGCAAUUCGGCCAAUAGGAUAGCGGUAUCUGGUCACGUGUCAACCACGUGUCCUGCCGUCGUGGGCAGGGCUACUUGUACGGAACAUUAUGCUAACAUGUUCAAAUUUUGUUGUGUAAUGGUGUAUUCUAUAAUCAAGACAAACUGAAAACCGUGUUACUUUAAUUUACACAUGUGAAAAGAUUGCAUAUCUUGCCAUUGCACAUUGGAACCGUUAUGAAUGUACUUAUGUCUGUAUUGCCUUAUUAAUUCGUUUGCAAAAUGCAUUUCUGUUGAAUGUAGACUUGUAAUAUGCUUCUGGUUAUCCAGGCAAAUCGAACCUCGUCGCAAUAGGUGGAUAGCUCAGUUACAGUGGAUCAAAGUUUUCUCUGAGAUAAAGAUAUACUUUCUGGUUAUACCUGGAAAUAUUCAGUUGCCUGAUGCUAUCAAAAGAAAAGAAAAAGUAUUUUGAGUGUCAAAGAAAAAAUGCGUCGUCAAAGAAUGCCAAAGCACUGCCA